GGUUUCAAGGUCAAAAUCAUUGACCCACCACCCACAUUUAAGGUACUUACAGACGAUCACUUUUUGUAGUGGGGUCGAGAGAAAAGUAUUGACGUGGUGGGAGUUAAUAAAAAUUAGCAUUGCAGUAACUGUUCUGAAUAGGUCUUUCUCUUACAUCAGGUCUCUGAUGUUAGGUUGUAGCAGCGCAGUGCACCUAACCUAAUAAAGAAUCAUCUCUCGUAGCUCCCGUCGUCUGCAACUGACAAAUUAUAGUGUUUAUCUGUUUUUUCAAACGUGAAAAUGAAAGUGUGGAUGUCAGAACAUGUAUUCAACCAUUCUUGGGAAACUGUAGCAUCAGCUGCUUGGAGGAAAUAUCCUAAUCCAAUAACUCCAUCAGUGCUAGGGACUGAUGUCAUUGAUAGGAAAGUAGUCAAUGGUAUUUUACACACACAUCGGCUUGUUUCCAGUCAAUGGGGAUUUCCAAGAUGGACAAAACCACUCAUCGGAGACGCGAACAUCUGCUAUGCCAGCGAGAGGAGUGAGGUCGAUCCCAGCAACAGGCUGAUGGUUCUCAAGACCAGAAAUUUGACUUUCUACAAUUACAUCACGGUCGACGAGACGGUCACAUAUACCCCGCAUCCCGAGGACAAAGCCAAGACACUUUUGACCCAGGAGGCGGUCGUAAAGGUCCACGGCGUGCCGCUCACCCAUUAUAUGGAGGAUCUCCUCACAUCCAAGAUUUCCUUCAAUGCCGGCAAGGGUCGACAAGCAAUCGAGUGGGCGAUCGACAAGAUCGACACAGAGAUGAAGGACCUGGCGAACAGCGCCGCCAAGACGACCGACGAGCUGCUGACCUCGACUCGGCGGCAAAUCGACGACCUGACCGAAAUGACGAAGCGCAGCAUGGACGAGAUCCAGAGCGCUGCCAAGAAAUCUUUCGACGAGGUUCACAAUCUCACUUCCUCGCCGUCCUCCUCGUCCAUGCCGAAAUUAUAGCUAUGGUUCCGCACUAGCUUCAAUCUUUUCAAUUAAAGCCCCGCGCGCGCUCGCACCAAUUGGCUCGAGCAAUUGCAACUUUCUCGCUCUCUCCCCGCCCAUCUACAGGGCAGCAAUUUUCUCAGAGCCGAAAUCGUAAGGAUUCGCUGGGAGACGCCGUGUUACGCCGAGUGAAUCUUACGACUGCGCGAAUAGACUACAUGAAAUGAACCCCAUCGGCUCAACCCCUUUUUUCCUCUUUCCGUUACUUUCGGUUCUCGAAAAAUGUGCUUUUUGUUUACUUUUAGAUUUGCGGUCGCGAAUACCGAUUAUCAAAAUUUCAAAUUGCCAAAUCCUUUAUCUUGUGAUCGGCCCUUUUAUGCGGUUCGUAUCACCCAUAAAUUACAUACGUAAUUCAACAAAUAGAAAAUAGUUAAUGAUACGAAAUUAAUUUUCCGACGAGCUGGACAUACUCGUUGGUAAAGCUUUAAUCAAAUUAUAGGCCAAAUUCUUUAGAUAAUUUUAAUGAUGUAUAAAUACUGCAAGCGCGAUUCUAAUACAAGUCAUUUUAUGCGUGGAACAGGCGUCUAAAAAUAUUCAAGCAAAAAAUAAGAGAAUAAACUGUGCUAAUAUAAUUUAGGUGCCUUUUUUGAUAGGUAUUACAAACAGCAAACCAUUUAUAAAUAUUUACUAACUGCUCAAUCUUACGUAGUAUGUAUCAAAAGCCGGUAAAGUCUAAAUAAUUUUGACAAUGGUAUGUAAAAAGUUUCUUUUCAGGCCAUGCGUUAUGUUUUCGAAAGUUGUCGAAUGUCAUCUAGUAUUCACGUCAACUUUAGCUGGAAUUUAUUGAACUCUAAUUGAUAAAACACAAACAUAUGGCACUGAAGUAGCUCAACGGUAACGUAAAUACCAGCUGAAGUAGAUUCAAUUUAACGUAAUAUUUAUAUACGUGUAAUAAAAUACCAAUAGAUUGUAAAGUAAAUAGCCCACGUACUGUUUUUUAUCAGUUGGUCAGAUGUUGUAUUUUUCGAACUAAAGUGAAUUUAUAUAUCAAUGAAUGCGAUAAAAUAAAUUGAUACAGGUGUAGAACAAAACGAUUCGCAUUCAAAGCGGGUGCAAUUAAAUGUAGCAAUAUUUGCUGAAGAGAACGCGCUCGACUGCUAGGCAAUGAGGAGGCUAGCUGGAUUUGCGAUGUUCAGUAAGGCCGAAAUAUAAAACUAUGUAUGAUCACGUUUUUAAUAUUUCACGCAUAGACAUAUAGGCACAACGGCUGAAAGUAUAUGUACAUUUUAGUAAAACAUCUUCAAAUGAGUGAUCGACUAUGUACACUUGUAUUUUUUUUAUAAGCUCCACGAAGGCUGUAUUAUUUUGUUAUAAUUAUUUAAAAGUGAACAAAGUUGAAAUUAGUAUCGAGUACGCGGAUGUUUAUAAUUGUUACAAUAAAGCACGAUAUUCGUGAAUGUAAAAAAGAGCAUUAUAUAUGUUCCUUGAACCAGCACAUCGCACGCAUAUACUGGCGAGCAUCCGAGUAAUUAGCGUGGCGGCUCAAGUGUGCAAUGGUGCGUGCGGAUCGAUUUCUCUCGAAAUUCCGAGCGCGCAAUUGCAAUUUCGAGCGGCAGCGGUGGUCAUUACGGAGUGGCGGCUUUCGAGAGACAAUUUCCUGGUGGUUUGGCAGCGCUCGCAGGCAGGCAACCUCGCUUGCUCGUCCGCGUGUCCAGGUGUUGCGUGAGGUCAAGUGUCUGCGCGCUACAGAGUAGAGAUAAUUGACGAUCGCCGCUUUAAUAUCGUCGCCCCGCCGCUCGAUAGCCUUUGUCCUCUGCCGCCUAAUGGAUGUAAGGCCCUUUUUCAUCGCUCGCUUAUACGAGGUUGAUGAGAAUUCAAUCGGGGAUGCACGUGGACUGCGCGGUUGUAUUGAAACUCGAGUGGAAAGGAACGAUCAAACAUUGCGGACGGCGUGAAACCAAUUGCUUUUUCAAUGGGAAGUUCGGCGGAUUGUUUACUCGAAAGCUCAAAAGGCUUCGUUUUUUCGUGUAUUUGGCGAAAAUCACGCACUCGGUGCGUAUAUUUGUUGUUUUCAUGCAUUUUUGCGGUACGCCAAAAUGUUGUAAACGAUGAUACAUGCUAUUUUUAUUAUUAUCCACACCAUGAAAAGCUAAUAAAAA